GUAAUCCUUCACUGUAUUUCAAGAGGAUUGUUUUCCUUUGUAAUCCUAUGAUUUUAUGUUGUGCAUUUAAAGUCCUGAUUCGGAGAAGGGGUCCCUAGGCUUCCCCAUACUACUGCCACAAAAAAAAAAAAAAGAUUAAGAGCGCCCAGACUAGAACUCUAAGCUUCUUCCUAGCUGUGACACUCUGUGAUAGUGGAGGAAGGAAAAGAAAGUGAAAGCAAGCCGAGUUGAGCUACAGAGGGAGGGAGCCGGCCGGCGGCCAAAGUUUCGUUUUCUCUGGGAGGACCAUGGCUGGCCUCGGGUUGGCCUUUCCAGCCUCUGGUGUUCUGGUCUGGCUGUGCGAGGACGACCUGAGCUGCGGAAUCUGCCAGAGCCUCUUCUCCUGCCCCACCACUUUGCCUUGCGGCCACAGCUUCUGCAGCUACUGCAUCGAGCGCCACUGGUCACUCCUGGGCCGGUCCCGGGGAGGCGCGGCCAGGGAUGGUGGCCCCAGAGCCUUGGGGACCCAGGGGACAGGCUGGCUUUGUCCCCUCUGCCGGAAGGAGGUCUUUAUGAGCCCCUGGCUGAAAAAAAACACUGCCCUUCAGGACCUGGUGGACAAGUACGACAAAGCCCUGAAGGAGGGGUCCGAGCCCUGGAAUCCCUGCCCAAAUCACCUGCCAGCGCUACAGGAACCAAAACCCAUGAAAAGGAGAAUCAAUGAAGUCCGUCAGGAACUGGAGGACCUGUUAGAACAGUUCGUUUCUGGAGUGACCAAACUUCAAUGUUUGGGACCCCUUGAGGAGACAGGGAUGUCAGAGGCUUCGAUCACCCAGGAGAAGAGAAACAUUAAUGAAAUCCUCAACGAUAUCAAAGAACUGAAGAAAAAAAUUCAGAAAAAGUUAAUAUGGGAAGAAGCUCCCACCAAAAUGACAAACGAGGCAUCCCCGGUGGUUUCUCCUUGCUCUGCUAGUCUACAGCCUGCUCAGAGACAACCCGUGCCCAAAAGAUCUUGCCAGUUUGCUCAGUGGUCCAUCCUUCCAACCUUUGACCAAAGAACUGCCUCUCAUUAUCUGAAGGUGUCAAAGAACCGUCAAAAAGUGACUGUGUCACAGCAUCGACAAUUCUACCCUGAGAGUCGAGAGAGGUUCCAGAACAGCCAGAUCUUGUGCUGUGAAGGCUUCUCCUCGGGGCAGCUGUACUGGGAGGUGAACACUCAGGACUGCACUGCCUGGGCCAUUGGGGUGGCCUCCAAGGACAUCAUCGCCCACAGGGACCUGCUGGGCAGGACUGCGGACUCGUGGUGUGUGGAAUGGAGCGAGGCCUCUGCACAGCUGUGUUCCUGGCACCAGAAAAAGGAAACAGCCGUCAGCAAGGAGAGGCCCACGGUGGUGGGUGUUUGGCUUGACCUAGAGGGGAACCAGCUCUCAUUUCAUUCAGUUGAGAGUGAGGAGAAACUCUUAUAUCGAUUUGAGCUUCCUGUCCCCAUGCCUGUUGUGUUCCCUGCUUUUUGGCUUUAUGGCCUACAGCCUGGGAACUCCCUGAUUAUAAACGAAUUAUAAACAAGGUAAGAGAUGAAGUGCUCUCCUAUUGCUGAAACCAGUGACCAAGCUCAUAAGGGUCUUCUUGUCAACCAAUCAGCCAGUCAGUCAACAAAGAUUUAUUAAAUGCUUACCAUGUGCCCUGGCACAUUAUGCGAAGUGCUGGGGGUUAUAGGUCCAGUGGCCAAGUAACUUCUAAAUCAAUGAUUGUGUUAAUACCCUCUGGGCCUGCAGUGUGGAUGGGGGAAAAGCCACCCUAGCUCCAAAGUACUUUGUACUCUCUCUUUCCUUCUCCUUCCCUUUCAGGGUAUAUUUUGAGAAGGUUGGAUUUAGAGUCAGAUUUAUAUCCUGGCAUUGCUUAAAACCUAUGUGACUGGGGACCAAUGAUUUUUUUGUCUUUGGGCUUCAGUUUCUUGAUCUAUGAAGUGGUUGAAGAGACAAUAGAUAUUUGGUCACAGGAUAUAAACAAUUUGUUUGAACAUUCUUUUUUAUUUUUUAAAUAAUAUUUUAUUUUUUCCAAUUGCAUGUAAAGACAUUUUUAA